AUGCCUGGUGCCCGGCUUUGCGGCAGUUAUAGCAAACUCCCCGGAACUUACGCUGCUGACGAGCUCUCUGAUUCCGUUGGGAUCCCUUCUUAUGAGGGCCCUACUGUUGCUGAGGUCCAGACCAAGAUCAUCAUGUCGCAUGUCCCGAUAGGUCAGUCCCCUGCUGCGUCAGCUGAUGGCGUGCUUCCCUCGUAUGCUGAUAAAAUUGCUAAAAUAGCGAGCGUUGAUUUCGAAGUCCUUGACGCUGCUGGCAAGAAUUAUUUGAGUUGGCAUGUGGACCUGAAGUUCCACUUACGUGCCCAGGGCUUAUUAGCCACAAUUUCAACUCCUGCUCCACCGGCUCCGGCCACUGUUACGGGUAAUGCUGUAAAUAAUGCUGAGGUUGCUACUACAGUGAUCGUCUCUGAUAUAGAUAAGGCGAAAGCCAUUAUCUACAUCAGGAGACAUAUUGAUCGGACCCUGAAGGCCGAAUACCUGACUGUAGAGGACCCAAAGGAAUUGUGGACUGCACUUGAGGACCGAUACAAACAUCAGAAAGAUGUGAUCCUCCCACGUGCACGUUAUGAGUGGGAAAACCUCCGACUUCAGGACUUUAAGUCCGUAGCUGAGUAUAACUCAGCACUUCAUAAUAUCACCUCUUGCCUGAAGUUGUGUGGUGAAGAAGUUUCGGAGGAACGCAUGUUGGAGAAGACUUACACAUCCUUCCACGAGAAGGAUGCAAUCCUCAUGCAACAGUACCGCGAACGAAAGUUCAAAAAGUAUUCUGAAUUGCACUCCACCCUUCUGAUGGCGGAGCAAAACAGAGAAUUGCUUUUGGCCACUCAUAACCUACGCCCUGCCAGAUGUCCACCCCAGAAAAACAACCCGCCCCAGAGCAGCAAUAGUGAGGGAAAGAAGAAGUGGAAGAAGAAGACCACUGAGCUGUCGUCCAUUCCCAAGAACACUUGGGAGGACAAAUGCCACAGAUGUGGCAUGACUGGACAUUGGUCCAGAAACUGUCGCACUCCGCGACACCUCCAAGAUCUGUAUCUAGCGAGCCAGAAGUCUCCUGUUGAAACAAAUCUGGUGGAAAAGCAGCCGUCUACUCAGUUCACUGCUGAUGACUUCGAAAUGGAUGAUCUUCUCGACUAG